AUGUUCAAACUCUUUUCGCGAAAGAAGGUAUUCCUUGCCACGUUGAAGUCACGAUCAGCCGACGACCGCGAUGCAUUUGGCCUAAAGGAGUUUGCCAAGGGGACAAACCCAAUUAUAGACAUUGUUGCGAUCCAUGGCCUCAACGGCCACCGCGAGAGGUCCUGGACCGCCGAUAACGGCGUGAAUUGGCUCAAGGAUUUGCUACCGGAGAAGAGCCCGAAUGCGCGCAUCUUUAGCUACGGGUAUGAUUCGAGGACGCAUGGUCCGGUGUCGGAGCAGCAUCUGCAUGAUCACGGUGUGGCGUUGGUGUCGGAUCUGAGCUUGGUUAGGAGGUCGACGCAGACGGAAGGACGGCCGAUAAUCUUUAUUGCACAUAGCUUGGGUGGUAUCAUCUGUAAAAGUGCCUUGAUACACGCUAGUCUGGCAAAUAAGGACCAUCUCGGUGGAAACGACGUCCCGCUGGCCAAAUCGCUGAUUAACAUCGCAUCUGUAUUCAUCGACACCAACACAAAGCUGCUAAAGCACCUGGAGAUGCAUUCGGAGAUGCUGGAGCAUCAGACAGAACAGUACACCUCAAUCAGCGGCCAGUUUGAAACAAAGUUUCUGUACGAAACGUAUAUGACGCCGACCCCUGCUGGGAAAAAGUUGAUUGUACCAAAGUUUUCCGCGGUGAUACCAGGCGCAAUCAACGCUGAGGAAAUUGGGAUCAACAGGAAUCACCGCGAGAUGGUAAAGUUCCGAUCGGCAGAGGAUGAAGCGUUCCGCAAGGUAUAUCUUACGAUAAAUCUUAUGAUGUCUAGUGCGUUGCCGCACACUAUCGAGAGACAGAGACGGCUACAGGAGGCCGAGCAAGAAGAAACCGACCUAAGCUGGGCUGCCGCAUAUGCAUGA